CAACCUUAAAGAAAAAAAAAACGAGAGAGAAAAAAACACCAUUAAACCUCGUUUCUCUUAUAUUCUUAAUUUCCCCAAAAAAAUUUAUCCAUCAAAAUUAACCCCAAAAGAAAAAAAAAAAAAAAGACAACGAAAAAUCAUAAAUUGUUGAUAAAUCUCAGCAAAUCUUCAAUCAGGUUGAUGAAUCCAUGACGUAAUUCAAUUAUACGGAACCUCUUCUUUUCUUUGCUUAUGAGGCAGGAUAUGCUUGGGGUUUCUACAAGUACUAAUUUUCUGCAUUGAAAUACUCUUAUCCAUCCAUAAAGAUUUUGUAAGGGCCAUCCUCAGGUUCCAUUUGCUUGCUCAGUUCAGUAGCGUACACAAAUGGCAAGUAGAAAAAGGAAAAUCCCUGAUGAUGCAGACAAGAGUGCCCUCCACAAGGAAUGGGAUGAAAUUUCAUGCCCUAUAUGCAUGGACCAUCCACACAAUGCUGUUCUUAUCCUAUGCAGUUCGCAUGAAAAAGGCUGUAGAUCUUUCAUUUGUGACACUAGUUAUCGACACUCAAAUUGCCUUGACCGAUUCAAAAAACUCGUGUCUGGAAGCAACGAUGCCACCAUAGAUUCUCCUAGGCUGAUACCUGUAAACGAUAAUUCAGUAGAAGCUAACGGAGCUCAUGAAUCAAUCGCAUUGGAUGCAAUUGAACAUGUUGAAUUGCCCAGAGGACCUCGUGUUUUUGAAAAUAAUGAUGAUAAUGAUAAUAAUAAUAAUAAUGCCUCAAGGUCGAGUUCUAAGUAUAACCUGAAAUGCCCGUUGUGUCGGGGAAGUGUGACCGGGUGGAAGGUGGUGGAGGAAGCUAGGCAGUAUCUAAAUUUGAAAUUCAGAAGUUGCUCCCGCGAAUCGUGUUCAUUUUCUGGGAACUACAGAGAGCUGCGGCAGCAUGCUAGGCGAGUCCACCCGACAACCCGGCCCACUGAUGUUGACCCGACCCGUGAAAGAGCGUGGAGGAUUCUCGAGCAUGAGAGAGAACACGGUGAUAUAGUUAGUGCUAUUAGGUCAGCCAUGCCUGGUGCGGUUGUGUUUGGAGACUAUGCUGUUGAAAAUGAAGAUGAUAGGCCUGGUGAAGGAGGGAAUAAUGGACACUUGUUGACUGCUUAUUUCUUGUUUCAGAUGAUUGCGUCGAUGGAACCACCUUCUGCCGACCAGCGAGGUGGUGGUAGAACAAGGGUUCCGACACGACACCGACACCGCCAUCGGCGGUAUGUGUGGGGAGAGAGUUUAAUGGGCUUACAAUAUGAAGACUAUCAUGAUAGUGAUGAUGAUCCACUUGGGUUGGAUGUUGCAACUGAUGAUGAUGAAGAUCUUCAUCCUUUUGUGAGGAGGCGGAGGCGCAGGUUGACUCGAUACAGAUCAGAUGAAGAUCGAUCAUGAAGAAUCUGCUUUAUGCAGAUAAAAGUGAACCGACACCAUCCUGUUCUCCGACUCCCAUCUUUCUUUGCAAGCACAGGUGGAGAGAUCAGUCAUGGGAAUCUGAAUUUAAAUCUGCAUGAUCUACACAAUUGUUUUUUAAUUCAAAGAAAAGGUAAGUGAAGUUAGUAAUUAUCUUGUUAUAACAUUCACAGACGCUUUUGGUUUUGGUGUGCGGGUUUUCAAUGCUGUCUUGAGGCAUGCCCUGCAAUAUUUACUCAUAGAGUUGUUCUUCUGGUUGGUUCUUUUUAGUUGUACUGAGGCGGAUUUGUUUUGCUUUAUAUGUGAUUGAUCUUUUAUUAA